GACAAACGUAACAAACGUGUACAAGAUGGCAGACGGCAGGUUGGCUGUGCUUCUUGCGCACCUUGCUCCUAGUCAGCAUCCCUCAUCAUCGCAGCCUGGCCGUCAGCCACUCCCAGGCUUGGGAGAAGUUCCAUGGACAAUUGCUUGCAGCGGUCCGCUCGUAAUUAUCGGCGGUGCCUGCCUAGACAUCCAGGCCCAGCCUAGCAGUGUAGAUGUGCACCGGGGUACCUCCGUUCCCGGCAAGGUUCGUCAGGUCCCGGGCGGAGUGGGUCGCAACCUGGCUGAGGCGCUGAGCGGGCUGCUGCCGCCGCACCGCGCCGCACCGCUGUUCGUGUCGCUGGUGGGGGACGACACGGCGGGGGCGGCGCUGACAGCAUCGCUGAGGAAGCUCAGACUGGACCUGACCCACCUGGUAACCCACCCCGGGGCGACCACUCCCUGCGUGUCGGCGGUACUAGACAGGACCGGCGAGGUGGCCGCCUGUGUGGCCGAUGUGGGGGCCGUGGAGCAGCUGCUGACUCCGGGGCGGCUGGCGGCAUGCAGGCAGCAGAUACAGCAGGCCUGCAUGGUGCUCGCGGAGGCCAACCUCUCCUCCGAGGCCCUCCUGUACGUCAGCCGUACGGCAGCCCUAGCCCGGGUGCCCGUGUUUCUGGAACCCGUGUCGGUGCCCAAGGCAACACGGCUGGCUCCUUCCCUGCCGUACGCCACCUUUGUAUCUCCCAAUGCCGCUGAGUUGAUCAGCCUAGCAGAUGAGGUGCGCAGAUCUGCCGGUCUGCCGCUGCUGCCGCGACCCUCACUACCCGGGGACCCUCCUUCGCUUCCUGCGUUUUCCGGAAGCGGGGGCGGUAGUGCGGAUCACGGGGGCAGCGGUGGGGACGGCAGCGGGGGCAGUAAUGGCAGCGGCAGCGGAGCCGAACCAGCGCACUGCCACGCAGAGGCAGCAGCAGCAGCAGCAGCAGGAGGAGGAGGUGUGAUGCUGGUGGGGGUGGUUCCGGAGCCGGUGGUGGAGUUGCUGCGGCAGCUGGCGGGGUUUGCAGAGGCGGUGUUGUCGCAGGGAACCUCGUGCGUGGUGCUAACCCUUGGGUCGCUCGGCUCCGCCCUCGUUAACCUUUGCGACGCCAACACGGCGGCCGCCGCCGCGCCGCGACCGCCCCUGGAGCCCAUUGACGCCUGCAGCACCCCCCACACCACCGCCACCGUCACCGCUUCCCUCGCCAUUGCUAGCAGCAGCAGCAGCUGCAACUGCCCUAACACCCACUACCAUCACCCUGGCAGCAACCCCGGCACCACCGCUUGCUGCACAUGCAACCCGAGCUGCACCAGCGCCGGAGUUGGGGAACAGCGACUGCCGCCGGGCAUGCAACCCACAGCUGCUCCCGUCGUCCCCGUCCCCGUCCCCGUUCACCCAGCCACCAGCUGCUGUGUUGCCACCAGCUGCAACCCGCACCUCGCCUGCCAGCCAGCCCCGGCGGGGGCGGAUGCCCCUUGCGCUCCCCUGCAGCAUGCCAAUGCAAGCCGGCUACCGGAAGGCCACCAUCGUCCGGAAUGUACGGCAGGUGCUACGGCGAAUCAAGAUCUCGGUCACGCAGCAGCACCGGCAGCAGCAAAAGACGAAGGAGACGACUGGGUGGAGUGCAGCUCACCGGCUUGCUACGCUCAUUGCUUUGUGGAGCCGCCGCCACCCAGCAAACCGGUGCAGGCGGCGCAACAGCAACAGCAGCAGCACCUGCAGCCGGUGCCGGUGCCGCAGGUGCAACAACAGCCGGUGCAACAGCAACAGCAGCAGCAGCAGCAGCUGCAGCCCAUGCAAAUGCGCGUGUCGCCCCCUCCUGCUCCCCCCCUGGCGGCUUCUCCUCCUCCCCAUCCGAGGCACCAGCUGGUGGAGGUAACGCACCUGCGGGCGCUGCCGGCGGAGGUGGCCAGCGUGAACGGAGCGGGAGACACACUGGUCGCGGGGAUGGUGGCGGCGCUGCUGCAGCAGCACCCGCCGGCUCACGCGCUGGCGUACGGCAUGGCUGCAGCCAAGCGAGCAGUGGAGAGCCACCGCAACGUGCCCGAGCUCCUGGAUUUCGCGGCGCUCCGUACGGACGCGGACGCCGUACUGGGGACCAUGCAGCGCCACUUCUUUCCCACCGUGCUGUGAACCCCACCGUGCUGUGAAACCCCCGUGCAGUGAAAGGGGUAAAGAGGGGUAAACAGGAAGAGGCUAACGAACCGUGUCACAUGGCCGUGAGGAGGGGGGAAACCAGAAGAGGCGGAGGGAAGGCGCGGCGCGGCUCGGCAACACGUAAGCAUGCAUGCACACGUGGCCCCCGCUAGUGCUGCCGCUGCUGCUUACUGGGGUCCAAGCAGGUUGGGGUUACCGGGGUUCGUUCCUGGAGGUUGGUAUGUACCGGAUUGUAUGGUAGUGGGUAUCAUGUACGGUCG